GAACCAACUGUUAUAAUGUACACUUACUUGUUUAAAUUUGCUAAAGGGAGGGAAGAUUUGGGGCAAAAACUGUUCUUGGCUUGGACUGGAUGGGUAUGCACUUGGACGGCUUUGAUGCUGUUUCUUCUGGCAAUAUUCAAUGCUAGUGUUAUUAUCAAUAGGUUUACCAGGGUUGCAGGGGAAACUUUUGGAAUGUUAAUUUCAGUUCUUUUCAUUCAAGAAGCCAUCAAGGGACUAGUGAGCGAGUUCAAAGUUCCAAAAAAUGAGGAUGUAAAUGACGACAAGUAUCAAUUUCAAUGGCUUUACACCAACGGUCUGCUGGCAAUUGUCUUCUCAUUUGGGCUUUUAUACACUGCAUUGAAGAGUAGGAAAGCAAGAUCAUGGUGGUUUGGAACAGGUGAGCUCAGAAGUUUCAUAGCAGAUUAUGGGGUCCCAUUGAUGGUUGUACUGUGGACAAUGCUCUCAUUCAGUGUACCAAGCACCAUCCCUUCUGGCGUCCCAAGAAGGCUCUUUAGCCCACUCCCAUGGGAAUCGGAAUCCACAUACCAUUGGAGAGUAGUCAAGGAUAUGGGCAACGUUCCUCCGGCUUACAUCUUCGCUGCUAUCAUCCCAUCUCUUAUGAUUGCUGGUCUUUACUUUUUUGACCAUAGUGUUGCUUCACAACUGGCUCAGCAAAAAGAGUUUAACCUCAAGAAUCCUUCCGCGUACCACUAUGACAUUCUUUUACUCGGAUUCAUGACGUUACUUUGUGGAUUAUUAGGGCUACCUCCUUCAAAUGGUGUGUUGCCUCAAGCACCGAUGCACACUAAAAGCCUAGCUGUUCUCAAGAAACAGUUUAUUAGAAAGAAGUUGGUAGAGAGUGCUAAAGAAAGCAUAAAGCUGAAAGCUAGCAGUAUUGAGAUCUACAACAAAAUGCAAACUGUGUUCAUAGAAAUUGAUAGAUCUCCAGCGACAACUGCAGUAGUUAAAGAACUAGAAGACUUGCAGGAAGCUGUCAUGAAAGUAGAAAACGUAAAGGAAAACACUAAGGUAAAGUUUGAUCCCGAGGAACACAUUGAUGCUCAUUUACCUGUGCGAGUUAAUGAGCAAAGGGUCAGCAAUCUACUGCAGUCACUUCUUUUAGCAGCAUCUAUAUGUGCUAUGCCCCUUAUCAAGUUAAUUCCUACCUCGGUUCUAUGGGGAUAUUUUGCUUACAUGGCCAUUGACAGCCUCCCCGGAAACCAGUUUUGGGAGAGGAUCUUGCUUCUUUUUGUCCCCUAUGGCAGGAGAUACAAGGUUUUUGAGAAGGUGCAUGCGUCUUUUGUUGAGUUCGUGCCAUUCAGAAGAAUAGUUAUAUUCACAAUCUUCCAGAUUGUGUAUCUUCUUGUUUGUUAUGGUGUGACGUGGAUUCCUAUUGCCGGCAUUCUCUUUCCCAUCCCCUUCUUCCUUCUCAUUAUCAUACGACAACACAUUUUACCAAAGUUGUUCCAGCUGAACCAUUUGAGAGAACUAGAUGCAGCCGAGUAUGAGGAAAUCGUGGGUAGUCCAACACGCACUCCCAGCUUCCAUCUCGGGGAAACUGAUAAUGCUGGUGGUGGGAGCAAUGAAGGUGAUAUCUGUGAUGCUGAAAUACUAGAUGAACUGACUACAAGUAGAGGGGAGCUCAAGGUCCGAAAUCUUAGCUCUAAAGAAGACAGACGCACACAGCAAAUUUACCAUGAUGAUGAAAUCCAGCCUGAGUGA